AUGACGUGGGAAACAUCAACCUCCUCCGGAGGAGCUGACGUUUCUGCUGCUGCUGAUGAGUUUUCGCCCAGUGCGUUGAUCCUUCAUUCCGUUUCUAGUAUGAUGAAGAGGAUGGCUUCAGAAACUGGUGAAUCAUCAACAACGGCUUCUUUGGAAAACAUUGGAAAUACUCCUCCGCUCAUCAUGGUGGAGAAGGCGGUUCAAUUGCUUUGGGAUGGAAUUAAUAUUACAAAUAACGUAACCAAUAAUUCAACAAACGGAACCCUAACGGAAACACAACCCAUUGAUGCGUUUUUUUCAGUGAGUUUGGGCCUCACAAUUGUUUUGGGAAUUAUAUUUUCGUAUAGUAUACUCCGGUACUAUGCAAAGAAUUCUUCAUUGAGUUGGUUUUUGUAUAUUCCUCUCUUGCUAACGUAUACAUUGUUGUUUACAGCAGUGGGAAUGGUGUGUUUUGAUUUGGCAGCUGCCAGGUCGGUCGAUCGUACAUCGGCAAAAACCGAUGCGAAUAGAGCCCUUGAAAUUACGUGGCGAGUCAUUUAUUGGACUUGCUUUGGAUUGGCUCAAGUGAUUUUACCCUUAUUUAAGGGAUAUCCAUUCACAGGUGAAUUUACUGCACUCUUCAAACUCUUGAGAUCCAUUGUCAUGAACUUGUUGACCAUUUCUGUUAUGAUUUUGAUCGGAUUGGGAGGUUUAGGAGGUUUUUUGAUUUAUAUUGCCAUUGUUGACGACAUUAAAAAUGUCACAUUCAACAUGUUGAUGGGUCUUGCACUCUCCCUGUCGAACAUUGUGGGUUUGGCACUGCUUAUUACUCUGUUAGGAUAUGGUAUUGUCAUUCUUCCGAGAAGUCUGUGGGAAAUUUCGAACGAUGAAAGACAGCUCAGACUCUAUGAAUUCAAAAGUGUUGGAUUGUUAGAAACACUCACCGAUACCGAGGAUGAGCUUAUUGAACUCAUUUCUAUCUGUACAUAUUUAGACAAGCAUGUGGAUCAAUCACACAAGCAACGAAAAAACGUUGAUCGAAUGAUGAAAACGGUCAAUGAAGCAAUGGAAAACCAUCCACAAUUGAAAAAAGCUCGUCUCAGAGACCGCUUUGAACCUGGAAAGCUUCCUGACAUUGAUAAAUUGAGCCGAUGGAAGUUGGUGUCGAUUCAUGGAGAUUUAAUUAAUACCAUUCUUGAGUUUGACAUUCACCAAUAUCAAUGGAAAUAUUUACAAAUUCGUGCCUUUGUUUUGCAAGACAUUAUUGACUCGAAACACAAUGGUUUAAGAAAAAUCGAUUCACCAUUCCUUCAACGAAGAUUUACCUGGUGGCAAAAAAUUAUUGAAAAACCAGAAUGGAUUUAUUACAAGUAUUUGAGACCAUGGUUUUUGAAGUUGUUGGUGCUGUUGUACAUUCCAUGUGCUUUCAUCUUGUUGUGGUGCGAAUUUACUCCUCUCUUCAAAAAUGUGACCACUGUGAGACUCUCUGUUUUGGAAUUGCUAAUUGAAUCCAUUCAUGAUCGAUUUAUCACACAAUUUGUUGCAUUAUUUAUUUUACUCAUGAUUUUGGUCACAAUUAUGGUUGCGUUAUUCAACGUGAGAGUGAUGCAAUAUUUUAGAAUCAUUCCUCAUCAUACUGAUUCUUACACACUCUUUUACACAGCUCAAUUAUUGUGUCGAGUCAUUCCUAGUAUGAUGUACAACUUUUUACAAUUGAUUGGUGUCACGAAAAAUGAUGGUGUUGCCUAUUUCAACAUUUAUGGAGAAUUGAGAUUGGAUGGACUUCGAAUCUUUGGUGCCAUUGGUGGUUUUGUUGUCGAUUAUUUACCAUUGGGAAUUAUUCUUGUAGCUUUUGUUGCAUUAUUCAGAAUUUUGGAACGAUUAGGAACUCUGAUUAACAUUGAACGAUUCAAAUACAAUGGCGGUGACAAGAUUACAGACGACAGAGUGUUGGAAGGAAAAGAAAUUUUGCAACGCGCAAGAGAGAGAAAAGUCAAACAUUUGCAAAGAGCGAGAGAAGAGCAUGGCUCUAAAUACUUCUCCAUUUCCACAUUUUUCGAUAAAUUGGAUGAACACGACAGUGGAAAGAAGGGACAUUCAAAGAAAGCCUUUUAUGGUCAACAGCAACAACAAGAUUAUGAUGACGAUAGCAAUGAUAUUGAAAUUUCUGGAGACAUUAAAUUUGGAGAUAAGAUUGUGGAUGAUGUGAACAUGGAAGAUUUCAAUGCUCAUCACUAUCAAAGUCCUGAAAUGAACAGAAAUAGCAAAAAGUCUUCUGCAAACAAAUCCUACACGAAAUUCGAGGAGGAGGACGAAGAUGUUCAAGAAAAACCAAUGAGUCAUUCCUAUAAGAGCACUCGAGAGGAAUACAAGAAUAAGUGGAAGAAAUCAAAGAAUUUCGAGUCAGUUUUGUAA